AUGCUGAGCCCGAAGAUACAGCGUCACAUUCGCGUCAACGACAUCCAGUUAAUUGCUCUCUCCGAAAGAGCGCAGUACGAUCAUUCACAGGCUGGCUACCUCCACAAACGAAGCUCAGACAACACGAAAUGGCAACUGCGCUGGUUCGUCCUUUACCAGAACCUCCUGUUCUACUACGACUCUGAGAACAGCACGCGCCCAACCGGCGUGCUCCUUCUAGAAGGUUCUUAUUGCGAGCGCCUCAGCAAAUCGCCUAUGGAGCGCAACGCUUCAUUUUGCUUCACAAUAUCGUAUCGAAACGAACGUCAGCGUCAGUACGAGCUGCGCGCUGCCUCGGAAGUGGACUGUGUGCACUGGGUCGACGCAAUACGUGAGGCGAGUUUCAACAAGGUACUCUUGCAGAAGGAGGAGUUGGAGCAGAAGCAACUGCAUCUGCUGCAAGUAGUAGAAAGUGAGCGCACCUCGCGCUGGCAGUAUGCGCAACAGUGCGAUGAACUGAGUAGUGAAGUGAAGAAACUGAGGACAGAGCUGUGUACGUACAAGAAGGAGCACGAGCCGUCAACACGGGCGGCAUCUACCACUAGCCUGUCUCCAACUGACUCCGAGGAAAUUGAUCCGGUUGAACUCCGAAAAAUUAAAAAAGUUCAAAGCUUUUUCCGUGGCUGGCUGUGCCGACGUCGGUGGAAACAGAUCGUAGAUCAGUACAUAAAGAGCCCACAUGCAGAAAGUAUGAGAAAAAGAAAUAGCUUAGUUUUUAAAAUGGUAGAAGCCGAAGAGGAAUAUCUGGAGCAAAUGGAAAUAUUAGUGACAUGUUUUCUUCGGCCGUUCAAAAUGGCAGCCAGCUCAAAAAAGCCACCAUGCACUCACGAGGAUGUGAAUUCAAUAUUCCUGAAUAGUGAAACAGUUCUAUUCCUACAUCAGAUCUUCUUCAAAGGUCUGACAUCAAGAAUGGAGUCCUGGCCGACGCUAGUGCUAGGAGACCUAUUCGACAUGCUGCUGCCGAUGUUGACCAUCUACCAAGAGUACGUACGUAACCACCAUUAUUCGCUGCAAGUCUUGACGGAGUGCAAGCAGAGUCAGCCAUUCGCGCAUCUUCUAGCAAGGCUGGAGAGUAAGCCCGCCUGUCAGAGCCGAUCGUUGGAGACAUUCCUAACGUACCCUAUGCACCAGAUCCCGCGGUACAUCAUCACUCUGCACGAGCUGCUCGCGCACACGCCGUACGACCACGUGGAGCGCCGCAGCCUGCAGCACGCGCGCGCGCAGCUCGAGGAGCUCUCCCGUCAGAUGCACGAUGAGGUGACCGUUCACAUACCGCUCUACUUACUGCCGUCUCUCAAAAAGGUUAGCGAGACUGAGAACUUGCGGAAGAAUCUAGCAGUUGAGCGCAUGAUCAUCGAGGGCUGUGAUAUACUGUUAGAUGUUAACCAAGUUUUUAUACGUCAAGGAACUCUAUCACAAAUAGUCGGCAAAGGUCGCCGUGCAACGUUGCAAGCCCGGCAGGCGUUCCUCUUCAGCAACCACCUGCUACUGACCACGCGGGCGGCGGGCGGCCGCCUGCACCUGCCUGCCAAUGCGAGGCUGCCGCUGCACGACGCGUUGUUGGUCGAGGAUCCAUCCAACCACGAUGACGAUGAUUCCACUUCGGUAUGUUCGUCACCUGGCGGGGACCCUUAUCAGGGCAAGGAUUUUAAAAUACUUGUCGAAGUCAAAGGAGAGCAGAUCUGUGCUCAUUUGGAGAAAACGAACGAAAGAAAGAUGCCAUUUAAAUUCAAAAAGAAAGGUCUGCGACGGGAAAUUCCUAAAGAUGUGAUAUUACGAGCCAUAGAAGAGAUAUCAAAAGGAUCAAAAAUAAAAACAACGGCUGAUAAAUAUAAAAUUCCUAGAUCAAGUAUGCAACGGUACCUUAAACAAGAUUCUAUAAAGGAUUCUUCGCAUAGAUUUAUAACCUCACAAAUUUUCACCGACGAAGAAGAACAAAAAUUAUCAAAUUACAUAAUAGUUUGUUCUAAACAUCAUUAUGGAUUGACAAAGAUACAAGCACAUUGGAUGGUCAGCAAUCCUGGAAAAACUGUAACAAUCUAUGAUAUCCCCAAACUAGCAGCCAUUGCUAUACCUCUAGCUUUCAAACCACAAAACAUACAAAAAGGAUUUGAAAAACCUGGGAUAUGGCCUUUUAAUUCAAAUAUAUUCUCGAAUGAAGAUUUUCUUUGCUCUUCUGUCACCGAUCGCGAUGCACCCGUAACUGAUGAAACGUUAUCAUCCAGAUAUGACCCUAUAAUCCAGCCAACUUCAACUCAAGUCAUUCCAGAACACCUUGAAAGAGAAAAUCAAAAUGAAGCAGAUCCUGUUAAUUUGAAUAACAUUGCUGUCGCCAAUUCUUCCUCAUCAUUUGCUACAGAUCAAAUAACAAUUGAAGUCGCUGAAGUUGUAACCCCUGAAAUAGUAAGACCAUACCCAAAGGCUUGCCCAAGAAAACUGAUUAAAAAUGCAAGGAAGAAAGCAAAAACAAGAAUAUUGACAGACACACCUGAAAAAAGACUAAUAGAAUUAGCAGAACAAGAAAAGCAAAUCAAGAACAAGGCUAAGAAAGAGAGGCAGGAAAAAAAGGUUCUCAAAAACACAGGGAAAAAACAGAUUCCUAAACUUCCAUCAGAACUAACAUCGAAUAGAGUAAAGAAGAGGCAAAUGAGCAGUAGUGAUAGCGACAUAGAAAAUGUUUUACUCACUGAUAGUUCUGAGAGAUCCUUUGCUGAAGACACGUCCGAAGAAGAGUUAGAUGAAGAUGAUGUGAUAAUGGUUGACAGAAAUUUUCAAAAGAAUGAUUAUGUGCUCGUUAAAUUUAAUGUAAAAAAGACUGUUGUGCACUAUGUCGGUCAAAUCGAAGACAUCAGUCAUACCAUGGCUACAAUAAAAUUUAUGCGGCUGAUGGCGUCGACGUUGGAGGAGAAGGCAGCCUGGACGAGCGAGCUGGCACAGUGCAUGGAGAGCGCGGCGCUGACGGAGCUGCUGCGUGCGUGCGGCGCGUGCGGUGCGGCGUCCGCCAGCCUGCCUGCCUGCCGCUCAGACCGCGCGCUCUUCACCGACGACGUGGACAUCCGCUUCAGCCGCACGCUCAACUCCUGCAAGGUGCCGCAGAUCCGCUCCGCCACGCCACAGCGCCUGCUACAGCGCCUCACGGAUCUACGGUUUCUGUCGGUCGACUUCCUGAACACGUUCCUGCUGACAUACCGCGUGUUCACUGACGGCGUGACGGUGCUAGAGGCGCUGAAGCAGGUGUUCUACGAGCAAUCGCAGCAAGAGCUGGACCUGCCGCCGGUACCGGACGCCACGCGCAAGACCAGUGCUGCCAGCUCCGUAUCCGGGACAUCACCAUCCUCGCCCGGCGCUCUAAGCUCAGUAACGCUAGUGGGCAGCCCGAAGAAAACAAGCCCUGAUAACACUUUAUCAAAAAGUGACAACAAAUCACCACCAACUAAAGACAACGACACUGCAGCGGCCCUUAUGAAGGACGAGAGUAUCGAGCUGGUUAGUCAGAGCGACGAAGACAUCAAGUACAAGGAAGAGGAACAGGAGAAAAAUAAACCUAAACCUAAUGAAAACUUCAAAAUAUCGCAAAGAUUUUCAGAGCGCGCGCGCACGAUAUCGGAGAGCCCGCGACGGCUGCAGGUGUGCGGCGCGCAUGGAGCGGCGGAGGCGCGGCGGCGCUCUGAGGGCGCGCGCGCGGUGCCGCCGCCCCCGGAGCCGCGCCGCGCCUCUGACUCGGGCGCCGCGCGCGCCGCUCCGCGCUCCGUCAGGAGCAGUACAUCAUCGGCAGCAGCAGCUUUCGCUGUGGCUACUUCAGCGUCAUCAAACCCUCGGUCUCCACCGCCUACAUCACCACCACAUAAGAGACGUGAUUCUGUCAUAUCCACAGCUGCUACCAUGAGAGUUCUCAAUGUAUUAAGACAUUGGAUAUCAAAGCACUCUUCAGAUUUCUGGUCUGACGAGCGGCUGCGUGGUCUCACAAUGGACUUCCUCAAGGAGAUCGAGAGCAGUCCUGGACUACUGCCAGCCGAGCAUAAAGCUGCAGCACAACUACUCCGAUUGUUAGAACGAGCCCCAGACAGAGCUAUUGAUUUACAAGCCAUAUUUGCUCCUCCACGUGUGCCAACGAAAGAAAGUAUCGAAACUCUCUCAGCCCUGGAGAUCGCAGAACAAAUGACGUUCUUGGACUAUCAGAUCUUCAGCUUCAUCCACAGCCAAGAGUUCCUGGGCCAAGCCUGGACGAAAGGCGACAAGUCGGAGCGAGCCCCACAUAUACUGAUGAUGACGGCGCACUUCAACCACAUUUCAAACCUCGUCAUUUCGGAAAUACUCAAGAAAUGCACAUUAUUGGAUCGAGUUGCAGCAAUUGAGAAGUGGGCGGCAGUGGCUGAUAUAGCCCGCUGCCUGCAUAACUUCAAUGGUGUCCUGCAGGUCUGCGCCGCGUUAUCUAAUACGUCCGUCUACCGCUUGAAGAAGACUUGGGAAAAAGUUUCAAAAACUAGUAAGCAAACCAUUGAAAAAAUGCAGAUUUUAAUAUCGUCGGAGUGCAGAUUCAGAAUUUUACGUGACGCUUUGCACAGAUGUGACCCACCGUGUAUCCCGUAUUUGGGCAUGUAUCUAUCCGAUUUGUCGUUUAUAGAAGAAGGGACGCCAAAUUAUACUCCCGAUGGUCUUCUAAACUUCUCCAAGAUGAGAAUGAUAGCGCAUGUGAUUCGAGAAAUAAGAAAUUUCCAACAAACGCCUUACAAAAUCGACCAUAUACCUAAGGUGUGCGACUUCUUGCUGGACCGGUCGCUGAUCAUCCCGGAGGAGGAGCAGUACAUGCUGUCGCUGGAGAUGGAGCCGCGCACGGCGCGGGGGCUCUGCGGGCGCAGCAGGCGCGCUGGCGGCGGCGCCCGCCGCGCCCGCCUCUCCCGCCGCACAGCGCCGCCGCCGCGCCUCGCUCGCCGCGCUCGCUCCACUGCGAGCCGAACGCUAACCGUUAACCACCUACACGCACUACUAAUACACCUCACUACCCCACUACACUCAAUGUGA